UUCGGUAUCAACGAAUAUUUGCUGGGCGAUAGUGCGUACGGGGUCAGUUUCCCGUUCGUGGUCACUCCCUACAAGCGGCCUGCUGCUUUACUUCCUGACAACGCUGAGUUCAACUUCCGGCUUGCCACUCAGCGCAUUGCGAUUGAACACUGCAUCGGAAUUAUAAAGGGCCGAUUUCCCUUUUUAAGUGAGUGUGCUACCUACCUGUUGGAUGAGGUCGACCUCAUCCGAGUUUGCAAGCGCCAACGCGCGUGCUUUGUGCUUCAUAAUGUAUGCAUUGAGCUA